ACAGAAGAAAUUUUCUUUUAUGUCUAGGAAUUUUCGCGUUAAAAAGGUAUCAUCUUUUAAAAUGAAUAAAAACAGCGGCGUGCAUGGCGUAUUGUUAGUUCUCUAAGGUUAGAUUAUAUGUUCACAAUCACUGUAUGUAUUAAUUAAGAAUAAAAAAGAUAAUGACAGCAUCUUAUAUAUCAUGUGCCUGUAAUCGGGUCCCACAUUCUACUGAUUGGGGCAAAAAUGGACUUAUUUGUUACGCAGCAUGUCAUGCAGUUGCAAUUUAUGAUCCAUUUGUUUCAAAAAUUGGCAAAGUAACAAAUACACUUUACCGACAUAAAGAGCGUAUUAAUACUUUACGAUGGAUUAAGCAUAGAAACUUACAAGCUGAAUUUGAAAUAUUAUCCAGUUCAGUAGAUGGAACAGCUAUUAUAUGGAGCAAAAUUGAUGAACAUUACAGACAUACGUCUAUUAUAGAACAUGGUGACAUUCUGACAUUUAGUAAUUCACUGUACCUUUCUGAUGAUAAUUUUCACAUUAAUGAAAGCUUUCCAAAACUGUUGAUAUGUACUGGAUCAGUAAAAGGAGAUUUAAAAUUAUGGUUGAGAAAGACAUGUGGCACUGUAGAAUGCUUUCAAACACUUACAUUUGGAACAGAGCUUCCAAUAGAAGCUUGUUUUUAUCAUCUACCAACAACAAAUUUACCAUUUUUAGCUGUUGCAAUUGAAAAUUCAACAAUUGAAUUAUAUGUACCUGCUUACAAUGUUCCAGAAGAAAGUAAUUUCAUAAAAGUACAAGUUCUAAUUGGACAUGAAGAUUGGGUAAGAUGUAUGGAUUUUAGUUGGGAUACAGAAAAUAGUAUUUUGUUGGCAAGUGGAUCUCAAGAUGCUAUGAUACGUUUAUGGAAAAUAUCUGUAAACAAAACAGAAUUAUUAAAUGAUGAGUUAAGUCAAAAAGAACAAAUAUUUGUAGUCAAUAAUAGAAAGUACAACAUCACUUUGGAGUCUGUAUUAUGUGGCCAUGAUGGCUGGAUUUAUGGCGUACAUUGGUAUCCACAGCAGUCAAAUAAGAAUAAUUUAAAAUUAUUGUCUUGCUCGUUAGAUAAAUCUAUGAUUAUAUGGGAAUUAGAUGAAGUAACUGGAAUUUGGUCUGAAAAAGUAAGAGUAGGUGAAGUUGGUGGUAAUUUAAUGGGUUUUUAUGGAUGUAAAUUUAGUGGGAAUGGAUUGAAUAUAUUGGCACACGGUUAUCAAGGAUCUUUUCAUAUUUGGGAAUAUUCAGAUGAUGCAAAAAAUUGGAUCCCAAGGUCGGUACCAAGUGGUCAUUUUGCAGAAGUAGUUGACCUUAGCUGGGAACCAAAUGGAAGGUUUCUUGUAACUGCAAGUACAGAUCAAACAACAAGAAUCUAUGCACCUUGGCAAAAUGAAAAAACAGAAUUUUGGCACGAAAUUGGACGCCCACAAAUUCAUGGAUAUGACAUGUCCUGUUUAGUCAUGUUAACUCCCUGCAUGUAUGCUUCAGGGGCAGAAGAAAAGGUUGUGCGUAUAUUUACAGCUUCAGCAGCAUUCAAGAACUGUUUAAUGAAAAUUGCCAAUGUUGAUGAUUUUAAAAAUAUGGUAGCUGAUAGUGCAUCAGUACCUGCUCUUGGAUUAACCAACAAAGCAACAUUCGAUGAUAAUAAUAAAAUAAAGACUGCAAAUCAUGAUUUGAAAAAUGAAAAUUAUAUUCCUCCAACAGAAGAAGAGUUAAUGCAAAAUACAUUAUGGCCAGAGGUACAAAAACUAUAUGGUCAUGGAUAUGAAAUAUUUUCUAUAGCUGCUAGACACGAUGGAUCAUUAUUAGCAACUGCAUGUAAAUCAACAUCAUUCGAAUAUUCUGCAAUAUUAUUAUGGAACACAAAUACAUGGACACAAACUCAAAAACUCGUGUCUCACCAGCUAACAGUAACACAAAUGGAAUUUUCACCAAAUGAUAUAUAUUUAGUAUCUGUAUCUAGAGACAGAAGGUGGUCGUUAUUUAAAUUCGACGAUAAUAUGUAUACCUUAAUUGCAGCCAGUUCAAAGAAAGAUAAUCUUCAUAGUCGUAUAAUAUGGUGUUGUUCAUGGACAUAUGAUUCAUCUUUCUUUGCGACUGGUUCUAGAGACGGAAAAAUCGGAGUUUGGAAUCCAAAUUUUAGAGAUAAUAAGAUUAUUCCAACUACAAGUUUAGAUUUGAAAAGUUCUGUAACAGCACUUGCUUUCUCUUUACAAAAUAUUUCAGAAAAUUCUCACGUUUUAGCAAUAGGAUUCGAAACAGGGUACAUAGAAAUACAAAAGAUAAAAAGAUCUUUUGAUAAUUGUGUAUGGGAAAAAUAUAUUGUACUUGAUUCAUCUCAAGCACAUCAUUUAACUGUAAAAAGGCUUAAAUUUCGACCACAAAAGGAACAUUUAAAUACCUUACAACUAGCAAGCUGUGGAUCUGAUCAUACUGUUAAAAUAUACAAUAUAAAUAUUUCAAAAUUAAAAGAUUUAUAAAAUAAUUGCAUUUUUAUAUAAUAAAGUAAAAAAUUUUAAUUAUA